AAUACAAGAGCACCAGCCGGUCCUGCUAGACCAUUGACGUUGACUUUUUUUUUAUUUUUAAAAGUUCAAUGAGUUUUAGUCCGGUGAUUGUUCCUCGCUUAACUGGACCAAAUUCCACUCAUCCCCCAUCAAUGAUCAUCAUAGUCUGUAGAAUAGCAGAGAAAAUGAGCUCAAAAUAUUCAGGUGACAUAUCAUCAGAUUUGGGUAAUUGGUUACCUUUAGUUAGCUCUUUCAUAGCAGGUAUGAUUUUGAGUCUAUUAAUAUCAGACAGGUUAUCCACUUGGAAAUCCUCACUGGAAAGCAAGAUUUGGACUCUGGCGGGUCAGUUGGGACAUCGAGAUGGAGCUUCUGCUCCUCCCCUGGAAUCCGACAACGUCCAUGGUGACCAGCAAGUUAUAACUUCCACCCUGAGCGACGACGAAGAUUCAUCUUCCUAUCAUUCUGUGGAUUCAAACAUCAGCGAAGUCAGUUCUUUAUGCGAGGAAGAUACUCCUCCCGUUCAUUCUCUGGAUUCAAACAACAGCGAAGAAUGCGUGGAUUCCCAUAAACAGGUCUAUAGAUACGAUGUGUUCCUAAGCUUCCGUGGUCCCGACGUCCGCAACACUUUCGUUGAUCAUCUUUUCGAACGUCUCGAAAGAAGAGGCAUUUUCACGUUCAAGGAUAAUGUAAGGCUCAAGAAAGGAAAACGCAUUAAAGCCGAGCUAAUGGAUGCAAUUAGAGAUUCAAGGCUUGCUAUUGUAGUCUUCUCUAGCACAUACCCGACCUCCACAUGGUGUCUCGAUGAAAUGUCCACGAUAGCUGAUCUCCACCGACAAAAUAAACAAAUUGUUGUCCCAGUUUUCUAUGACGUUCCUUCUUCUGAUGUUGGAAGUCAAACGGGCCCGUACGAAGUCCACUUCAAUUCAGAGCGAUUCAGGAAAUUUUCCAAUAGGGUUGCCCGAUGGAAGGUUGAUAUGAAGUAUUUGGCUAAAGUAUGCGGGUUCUCUAUUGUAGACUCGAACAGACCUGAGACUACACACCUGGAAGAGAUUACUAGUUUUGUGGCAAAGGAAUUGAAUCAUAGAUUCACAUUACUUGCCAGUGAUCUAAUUGGGAUACAGCCCCGAGUAGCAGAGCUCGAAAGACGACUCAACUUGACAUCAGGGAAUGUUGCUUUUCAAAUUCUUGAAAUUUGGGGCAUGAGCGGCAUAGGAAAGACAGUUCUUGCCAUGAUCUUGUACGAUAGAAUAUCUCAUCAAUUUGAUGCUUGUUGUUUUAUUCAGGGCGUAAACGGUAUUUAUACAAGGCAUGCCAAUGCCUGCGAGACUGCUACUACAAACGUUCAAAAACAAAUUCUUCGUCAACUGUUUCAGGAACAAGUUGAGUCUGAUGAUCCUGCCGAAAUAGCCAAGAUGCUACAAAAUAGACUGUGUAACCGAAAUCUUCCUAAAAGGGUUCUUAUAGUUCUUGACGAUGUUGGUGAUCCAAAACAAUGGGAUGAUUUGGGUAUAGUUCCUGACUCACUUGGGUUAGGAAGCAGAGUUGUCAUAACUACUAGAUUUCAGCAUAUUCUCAAUGUGAAUACAGCGUAUGAAAUUCACGAGGUUCAACUAUUGAAUGAUGAUGAAGCUCUUGAACUUUUUCAAAGAAAAGCCUUCAAAAUUGAUUGUCAUAGCCUGGCUAUCAGUGAUGUAUCUCGUAGGAUAAUAGAAUAUGCUCAAUGUCUUCCUUCAGCAAUUAUAAAACUGGGUUACUACUUCAAUCAAAAAGCUGAAGCACAUUGGGAAAGAUGCUUCCAGAGAUGGAGAGAAUAUCCAGAAGAAAAAUAUAUGAACUCUCUGCAGGAAAAAGAUUACGAAGUUCUGAAUGAAGAUGAGAAGAUGAUCUUUCUAGAUAUAGCUUGUUUCUUUAAGGGAAAAAACAAGAAGUAUGUGGAGCACAUUCUAGGGAGUAGAAUAUCGGAUCCCCACCUUGCAAUUCAAGAGAUCCGGAAGAAAUCUCUCAUAAAAAUUAGGAAUCACGAAAUUCAUAUGCAUCAAAUAUUACAAGAUUUGGGCAAAAAAAUUGUUCGGGGCAAUAAUAAAGACGAGCCAAAAUGCUGGUCUAGAUUGUGGAAUGCAGAGGAUUUCCAAGAAGUCUUGAUAGAUAUGGAAGGAAACAAAGUUCAGGCCAUAGUUUUGGAUGAAGAUGUCUCCAAAUACAUGAAAAUUGGCGGAUUGUCAGAACUGAGGGAUCUUAGACUGUUGAUAUUACAUCAUCAUAAGAGCUCCUCAGAAAAGCUCACUUUUCGUUUCAAUAAGUUAUGCUAUCUUUCAUGGCAUGGUUUCUCUUACACUUCUUUGUCACUAUGCAUAUGGUCUAAUCUUGCUGAAUUGAAUUUACCUAAUAGCAGCAUCGGACGACUAUGGGAAGGCAGCCAGUCAAUUCUUUCCUCACAGGCAAUUCCAAAUCUAAAAAGGAUGAAUCUGAGGAACUCGAGAGAUCUUGUAAUCACUCCAAAUUUUGCAUGCUGCCAAGGACUUGUGCGGCUGGAUCUUACAGGAUGCAUAAACCUAACUGAAGUCCAUGAUUCAAUCGGACUUCUCAGAGAGCUUAAUUACUUGAGUUUGCGAGAAUGUAGCAGUCUAUCCCUUCUUGAUUUCGGCCCUAAUUGCCAGUUAAGUUCCCUAAGAACUCUACUGCUCUCUGGCUGCACCAACCUCCAACAAACACCAGAUUUCACAGAACUUUCAAAUCUUAGGUACCUUGAUCUUGAGCGAUGCACAAGUUUGUCCACAAUGCAUGAGUCUAUUGGUACUCUUGCAACGCUUAAGUACUUGAGUCUGAGAGGCUGCAAAAAUCUUGUUCAUGCACCUUACAUUCUCAAUGGCAACUCAUCCCUCCUAAUUCUUGAUUUGAGCGGUUGCAUGAUGAUAACCAACCUUCCCCGCUGCAGACGAAAAUUUGCGCCUUCCUCCUGCCUGGAAUCUUUGAUGUUUUUGAGUCCUGUCUUCCUUGAGCCACAAAGAAUUCUUGAUUUUGUUGGAGAGUUGAUGUUUUUCGAUGGGGAGUGGAUUUGUUCUAAGCUAGCAUAUUUAAACUUGGCGCACUGUCAUGAGCUUAGAAGAUUUCCCGAGGCUUCAUUUCAUGGUCUUCAUGAGAUGAAAGGCACUUUAGAACGGUAUCCACAACUUUCAGUCAUUGGUCAAGAUUAUAUAUUUUCAGCUUCUACUGUGUGAGUGGCACUUGAUGUAAGAGGUAAAACACUAUAUGAAAGAGGCCUGGGCGGAAGAAAACAACUACUCCAAUUUAUUGGUCUGUGCACAUCUCUUCUUUUUCAGGGAUUUCAUUGGAUAAAAGAUGAAGGAAAAGGUGUUUGGGAACAGAGGACAGAGCCACAGAGGUACGACCAGAAUAAAAGGUCACGGCCAAGAAGGAGUGGUUCAGACUUCAGAGAAAUAGAUAUGUCCCAAGAAUUGAAGAACUGGUACACUUUAUGGAACAAGUGGCUGCAGUUACUGGAACAGGUAUAGAAUGAAGCAAGAAUUAUUUCUAUUAUUAUGAACUGCCACUAAAAUAGGAAAAUGUGAAGAAAGAAAUGAGAAGUGGAAGUGUGGAACAUCUAUUAGAAAUGAAUAUAGAAGGAAAGAAAUUAUCAACUUGAGCUACUGA